AUGCCGGGCAUGAAUGUUCCCGGCAGUUCUACGGUGGCCAACUACAUCGGCUGGCGCAUCGUGCAGACGAUGGGCAUUCACAGCAUGGAUCGGUUUCGGCGGUCGCGCUUUCGGUUCGACCGCUACCGCUACCUGGUGCAGGAUAUCAUCGAGCUGCCACGCGAGUGCGUGCGCCUCACCAUGCAGCUCAUGUACUUCGCCGUGGGCAGGCUCUACUUCGACCGGCACAUCAGCAAGCCGGCCGAGCGGUACCGCAAGGUGUAUGACCUGGCGGAAGAAGUGCGAGACGCGUUCGCAGUCCUGAUAGACCUGAACACCUGGAUGGACACCGAGACCAAGGACAGGGCCCGGCAGAAGCUCCACCACCUGCAGCUUAACAUCGGCUUCCCUCCGUGGAUUCGGAGCGAUCGCGACUUGGACGAGUACUACAAGGACCUAACACCCUUACACUUGAAUGUAAACCACAGCCAGAUCAAACUACAGCUGCGAUGA